CAGUGUUCGUUCCCGAUAUUAUACAAGAUGUCAACAAAUAUGUUGUUGAACAAGAUCGUUAGGCCUAGUAGAAAUUUUGUGAAAUUAGGGAGACAAAGUAAAAGACUAUGUUCAACUCACGUUGAACGGAAGAAAUCGAGUGAUAAUUCAAACGGAUUAUUUACAGAGGAACACCAGCAAUUGCGAGAUACAUUGAAAAAGAUAAUUGACAAGGAGAUCAAUCCGUAUGUUGACCAAUGGGAACAAGAGGGGCAGUUUCCUGCCAAGAAAGUGUUCAAAACUUUGGGAAAUGCGGGUCUUCUUGGUGUCACCAAACCCACAGAAUAUGGAGGUUUGGGCCUGGACUACACCUACAGUGUGGCUUUAGCAGAAGAAUUAGGCAACAUUAACUGUGGUGGUGUUCCUAUGGCUAUCGGUGUUCAGACCGACAUGUCAACUCCAGCACUGGCCAAAUUUGGCAGUGACAAACUCAAGAGAGAGUUUCUAGCUCCAUCUAUAUCUGGUGAUUUUGUGUCCUGUAUUGGGGUCAGUGAGGUCGGGGGAGGAUCAGAUGUGGCUAGUGUGAAAACUACAGCUGUUAAAAAGGAUGGAGAUUACAUUAUCAAUGGUGGAAAAAUGUGGAUCACUAACGGAGCCCAGGCAGAUUGGAUGUGUCUCCUGGCAAACACUAGUGAGGGUCCAGCACACAGGAACAAGUCACUCAUCUGUCUCCCAAUGAACUUACCAGGAAUCACCGUUGCAAAAAAGAUUGACAAGAUGGGCAUGAGGUGUUCUGACACUGCCCAGAUUUACUUUGAGGAUGUACGGGUUCCUCAGGAUCAUGUAAUCGGGGAGGAGGGGAUGGGGUUCACGUACCAGAUGCUGCAAUUCCAGGAAGAGCGACUAUAUGGAGCAGCUGCCACUGUGCAGCCCCUUGAUAAUUUGAUCGCAUCAACUGCUGAUUACUGCAGACAGAGGAAGGUUUUUGGCUCACCUCUCCUAAACAACCAGACCAUACACUUCAGGCUAGCAGAACUGUCCACGGAGGUGGAGUGUCUCAGGUCGCUGAUCUACCGUAGUGUGGGCGACUACGUUAGCGGACAGGAUGUAACAAGACUAGCCUCCAUGUGUAAGCUGAAGGCAGGGCGCCUGGCUCGGGAGGUCACAGACUCCUGUCUCCAGUUCUGGGGAGGGAUGGGCUUCACUAACGAGGUCCUAGUAAGCAGGUUCUACAGAGAUUUCCGUCUGUUGUCUAUUGGAGGUGGGGCUGAUGAAGUCAUGCUGUCAAUCAUAUGUAAAUAUAUGAACACCUUACCAAAACCACCAAAGCAAAAUUGAAGUCUGUUGGCAAACAAAAGCUGAUUUGUGAUUGACGUUAUGUUUUUUACUAUACAUGCAAACUAAAUGGCUCAUGUACAUUAUUGUUCUUUAUGAUCAUACUCAAUUUCAUUUUAUUUAAUGAAGACAUUUCAGCAGAUUUGCACAUGUACAUGAUCUUGUAUGCAUCAUGAUGGUGAGUCCUUAGUGAUUUUGACAUAAUAAUUAUGAUAUCAGAUUACAUAUAUUUUUUAAUAAUCAAAACCAACGAAAGUAAUGUUGAAUUGAUUUUGUGAUGAUUCAUGAUCUCUUCAAUUUUCUUUUCUAAUUAACACAAAAAGAAGUUGAUAGCAUUGAUCUAUGAUAUUGAAAUACAGUUGUACUCAUUGCAUUAUAUUUAUGGUUUAUUCUUUUUACUCUAUCGUCUUUGAAAAAAAAAAA